UGCAGUCGGUGUUCCUUUUGUUUCGAUGGUGCAAUUAAUAUAAAUUAGGACAGCUGGAAAUCGAAUGCCAUUAUUGCAGCCGGAAUAAGUUGUGGACCUACUAGUAUUAGAGAGCAAUUAGCUGUUCUAAACUGUGAUUACCGGAAAUUAGAAGGUGCUCCUUGCGCUUUAUGCGGGUUCUUGCAAUCUAAUACGACAAUACGAUACGGUACGAUUUGUUUAUGGCUGAGCAAAAAAACAAAGAGCUCGGGGUUGACGAGUCAUUUGUGCGUAUCGGCAAUCUAUAACUGGCCAUUAUCUACCUAUAACUGGCGCUGAAUCUGCUCCAGAUUUGAACACUAGGUUUAUUUACAUUCGCAAGCAAAGAGAUGAGCUAAGUGAAAUAGAACCGCUCGCCAUGUCUAAUAUGGAUCCAAGUGAUGUCCGCAGUACCGCCCAGCUCAUCCUGUCCAACGCUCGGCCGGGAAACAGCGCCUACAACAUGCAGUAUGAUAUGUCACGGGCACAUUCCAUUAACCUGAUUACGGAGGACUUCUUGGCCGGUUACAUGCAGGAUGGCAGGAUGUCCGUGGUUCGAAGAUUUUUCUGCCUCUUCGUCACAUUCGACUUGGUCUUCGUUUCGUUGCUGUGGCUCAUUUGCAUUGUGAUCAAUGGAGACAAUAUAUUCACUGCCUUCCACAAGCAAAUCGUGGAGUACACCAUCUACAAAUCGCUCUUUGAUGUUGUGGCCGUCGCAAUCUGCCGCUUUGUGGUGCUCAUAUUCUUCUACGCCAUAUUGUACAUCAACCACUGGUCCAUCAUAGCGCUCUCUACAAGUGGGUCUUGCUUGUUCCUCAUCUCCAAGGUGUUUGUGUUCGAUUGGCUGGACUCGAAGCAGCAGGUAUUUGAGGUAAUCCUCAUAAUAACCUCGUUCAUACUGGCUUGGGGAGAAGCCUGGUUCCUGGACUGUAGGGUGAUUCCUCAAGAGCGACAUGCCCAACACUAUUUUCGAACUAUGACUUCAAAUGAUCGCACGCCCAUGGACCAGCCUGCCAUUUUGAUUGAGCAAGAACGACCUCCGCAAAGUGUAACUAAUUUUUAUUCACCCAUGGACACGGCGCAUCAUUCAGACGAGGAGGAUGAGUUGGAUGAUGAGUACACACAAAUGGGAUUGGAUUGCCUGCGAAAGGCCUACGAGAUCAUCGAGUCUAGUGAUUGGAAGGUGGAAAAAGUUACCCAAAAAGGCGACACCAUCCAUAGCACCCAGCGCGACAAGAUUGGAAAGAUUUACAAGUUGACGGCCCGCAUCAAGUAUCCCGCAAAGGCUCUGAUGGAGGACCUGUUCUAUCGCAUUGAAGACUGUCCCAAGUGGAAUCCUGCUCUUUUGGAGUCCAAAAUAGUGCGCAAAAUCAACUCCUACACCGAUAUUACCUAUCAGGUAUCUGUGGGCGGAGGAGGUGGCAUGGUGAAGAGCCGUGACUUCGUGAACUUGCGCUCUUGCAGGCUCUUUUAUAAUGGUCAAAUCUGCGAUGACGACGAGACGGCCCAGCUCAGCAGCGAUGAUGGAAACAGCAAUCUAAAUCGCUCUUGCGAGGGUAGUGUUAGUACCAUUUCCGAUGGUGACUCAAACACCCCACUGCUGCCGAGUAGCGUGUCCAGUUGCAAGGCAACGUUUCCCAGUUCAUCCAAGGGAGCACCCAUGCCUUUCGACACUCUGGGCAACAGCUUGGGCGCCAAGAGCUUGGGUCCCAUCGUGAACUUUGACGAGGAGCCACCGCCACUGGACCAGGACGAGUUCGAGGAUGCUAGGGACAAGGUCGACGGCGAAGCGAAUAACAUGACAAAACCAAAUGUACCCAGCGUGGGCAAAACCAAGGACAAGGUUUGGGUCACUUCGGCGAUUAGUGUGCAAUAUGCAGCCGUUCCGCCUACCACGAAAUACACAAGAGGGCAGAACAUUGUCAGUGGGUUUGCGUUUCGAGAAAUCAUUGGCAAGUCCGAUAGCUGCAUUUUGGAAUGGGUUCUUUGCCUAGACCUAAAAGGCUUCAUUCCUCGCUAUGUCCUGGAUGCAGCUCUCACCUCCUCCAUGACCGACUACAUUAGCCAUCUGCGCAAGCACGUCAACGAACUGAGGCAGAGGGGGCGUGGCCGAGCCCCCAGGACCCACUAGGAAAUGAGUAAAGCGUAUUUUAAUUUAAAUCCCAUUGUAUCUCAAGCGAGUGCUGUCCGCAGCCAGGUAUCUAAUAGAAAAGUUGAAACAUUUCAAUAAUUUUGAAGCAGGAGAGCGAGUUCAGUGCUAUAAGUUUAUUGAGUAUUGUAUGUAUAUGUAUGGCAUAAGUUCUAUGUACCUAUAUGCACGGCUUACAUUAUAAAUUUUAUACAUGA